GCGCUAAAUUAAAGGAGUCUAGACUCUAGAUCUAGAAGUUGGCAAAAUGGUUAGUUCCAAAACUGAGGAUAAGUGAGUUUAAUCAUUAAAUUUCCCACUUUCGUUUUAUCCUCUAUUAGUUUAAUUAGCUCAAUUUCAAUAUUCCGUAUAAAUUUUCUUUCUCAGCAGUUUUGCAACUUAGGAUUCCGGCUUUCUAUCAAAGCAGACGACUUGCAUGGUAUCACAUGUGUGAAAAAUUCAAACAACUUGUUUGUGUUAGUUGUGAAUUUGUGGUUAGGCUACUGAUUCCUUAGUGUAAACAAAUUCAGAUUCCCUCGAAUCAGAUUUACUCUGUUACAGUUAUGAUUGAGUGGGACUUGAUUGAAAACCUUCAUCGGCGAGGCCUAGAGCACAUAUUGGAUCAAAUUUUUGGAUAUUUGGAUUAUUAUUGUCUUCGACGGGCUGAGUUGGUAUCCGUCGUUUGGCAAGAAGCUUUGUUGGAAGGGAAAAUCUGGAAAACAUUACUCGGGAAAAAUAUGUGUCUCUUUCCAUGCUGGAAGGAUAUGUUUGUUGCCUUGAAAGGAAUGAAACAUAAAAGUUUGGAUUUUCAAGAUGACUCUGCUGAAUACUAUCGUAAAAUUUGCUGUUUAAUUGAAGUUGAAUUACAGCUACUUGAAUCGAAUUGGAAGAAGAUGAAAUACUCUGAGCGCAAAAGUGAAUUUGGAUGCAUUUCCCAUUGCUAUUCAACAACUGUUUAUAAUUACUUUUAUGACUUUUAUGACUUGAAUGGAGAUUGGAUUGUCCGAGUACAGAGAGAUCGUAGAAUUGUUAUACGAAAUAGAUGGACCCUUGAAAUCGAAGAUGUUCUUGAAAUCCCGAUAAUGCAAAUUCAGUUCAACGAUAUUAUACCGGUUUUGAAAUCCGUAAAAAUCAACGACAGCUUCAUUGUGGCUUCAUUUAUUCACCAUCCGGAAAUAUGUGUCUGGGAUACGAAAACUAGGGAUCUACUUUACGUGAUAGUUAUGGAUUCUUGUGGCAUUCAAGAAGAAGAACAAAACGACGAAGACUCAUUUCUUCAUUCAGAAUGCGGACUGAGUCUAUGGAAAAACCUUCUGUUAUCCUGUUACACUAGGUCAUUAGAUCUAUCAUGGAUUCUCACUUUGAGAUGCUUAUCACCAUCCAUGGGCGAAGAAGUAGUAUUACUACAUAGGACAGUCAUUGUAGGACCAGGAUUUAUUUUGGGACUUUUUGUGGACGAAAUCUACACCGUAGUUUUUUUUUUACACCAUAAGUCACUAUCAGAAGAAGUGACUGUUGAAAUUCGGAAUACGACAUCUUUUGAAAUAAAAACCGUUAUCAAGUUCAAUUCCAAAAACAUCCCUUCUGGCUUCCACUAUGCGAACGGAUUGGUAGUUACUAGCCCUGGUGACCGGGGAAAAUCGAUUAGAAUUUGGGAUGUAGUUACGGGACUAUGUAUUGUCAAAAUUCCUUAUCGUGAAAGUCUCGCUUCGAUCCGGCUUGUUUCAAAUAAAUACGUCGUUGGCUGCGAAAAUUCGUGUAAAAUAAAAAUUUGGGAUCUCCAGACUGCUCUCAAAUCAAAUCGUAGUCCCAAUCCUGGAUGUCUAAUGAAGACAAUCCCACCUCCUCCAGUACCGUACUUGGAUAUGCCCCCAUCAUUAGCAGUUGACGAAUUUCAGAUAGUCCUUGUUAGUCAAUUUGAUCGUCGAUCAUUCCGUCUAAGUGUGAAAAACUUUUUGGAUGCUGCCAAAUAGUCAGUACAGCAGAAUUUUUCCUGUUGCAG